AUUGUUCUUCCACCGUCUUCACAGCCGCGAUACUAACUUCUCUCUUUCUUUCUCUCUCUCUGAGCUAUAGUAAACGCUGAUCGGUGACCGGAGAUGAAUUCCUCGAACUUGUUACUUGAAGAGCCGAUUCGGAUGGCCUCCAUCCUCCAGCCGUCCAAAGCGAGCUUCUUUCCUGCAAUGACGAAGAUCAUAGGGACGCUGGGUGCAAAAUCGCGAUCCGUUGAUGUCAUUUCCGACUGUCUCAAUGCUGGAAUGUCUGCGGCACGAUUCGAUUUUUCAUGGGGUGAUCCUGAGUUUCACCAGGAGACAUUAGAAAAUUUGAAGGUGGCCGUCAAGAAAACGAAGAAACUCUGUGCAGUUAUGCUGGACACCGGUGGUCCGGAAUUGCAAGUCAUCAAUAAAAGCAACCAUCCUAUUUCCCUUGAAGCAGAUACGUUACUAGUUCUGACUCCUGAUGUAGAAAAGGAAGCUACUCCAAAUCUACUCCCUAUAAAUUUUAAUGGCUUGGCAAAGUCAGUGAAAACUGGAGACACUAUUUUCAUUGGUCAAUACUUGUUCACAGGAAAAGAAACUACCUCAGUGUGGCUUGAGGUUACUGAGGUGAAAGGGGAUGAUGUGGUUUGCCUUAUAAAAAGUUCUGCCACCUUGUCUGGGUCUUUGUACACUUUACAUGUUAACCAAAUUCACAUUGAUCAGCCUACCCUGACUGACAAAGAUAAGGAGGUCAUAAGCACUUGGGGAGUUAGAAACAGUAUAGACUUUCUUUCACUAUCAUAUACGCGACAUGCAGAAGAUGUUCGACAUGCUCGGGAUUUUCUUUCUAAGCUGGGGGAUCUUAGUCAAACUCAAAUUUUUGCAAAGAUUGAAAAUGUGGAGGGCUUGACACACUUAGAUGAGAUUCUGCAAGAAGCAGAUGGAAUCAUUUUUGGCCGUGGAAAUCUGGGGAUUGAUCUCCCUCCUGAGAAGGUAUUUUUGCAUCAGAAGGUAACCCUUUUCAAGUGCAACAUGGCUGGUAAACCAGCAGUUGUUACUCGUGUUGUGGACACUAUGACUGAUAACUUGCGACCCACUCGUGCUGAGGCAACGGAUGUUGCCAAUGCUGUACUUGAUGGUUGUGAUGCGAUUCUUCUAGGUGCCGAGACCUUGCGAGGAUUAUAUCCUGUUGAGACUAUUUCAGUCGUCGGCAAAAUUUGUUCUGAGGCUGAGAAGGUUUUCAAUCAAGAUUUCUACUUCAAGAAAACUGUUAAACAUGUUGGAGAACCAAUGUCCCACUUGGAAUCUAUUGCCUCCUCUGCAGUGCGUGCUGCCAUCAAGGUUAAGGCAUCUGUUAUUAUUUGCUUCACAUCAUCAGGGAGAGCAGCAAGAUUAAUAGCAAAGUAUAGGCCAACAAUGCCUGUACUAUCUGUUGUUAUUCCUCAACUGAAGAGUAAUCAGCUUCAUUGGACAUUUAGUGGGGCUUUUGAGGCUAGACAAUCUCUAAUAGUCAGAGGCAUUUUUCCCAUGCUUGCAGAUCCCCGUCAUCCGGCUGACCCCACUAAUGCAACAAAUGAAUCAGUGUUGAAGGUUGCACUGGACCACGGGAAGGCCCUAGGGGUAAUAAAGCCACAUGACAGGGUGGUUGUCUUCCAGAAGGUAGGUGACUCGUCUGUUGUGAAGAUCAUUGAGCUUGAGGACUAGACUUUAAUCCAUCCUCAUCGGUUUUUUGGCUUCUGUCAAAGCUUUUUGCACUGCUCUUUCAAAGAGUAUUUUAUGAGUAGCCAAUGUUGUAGUGUAGUGUUUGGCGACUAGCUAUCCCACAUUACGGUCGGAUUUUUGUUUUUGUUAUUUUGUGGCUUAAUUCAACAAUUGCAUGUAUUCUAUAUAUCAAGAAGAAUGUGCGGUUUCUUUAAGAAUGAUUUUCCUGAAUUCA